UCUCCACUCAUCCUCACCUGGAGAGAUCAAGCAUGCCCCAUUUGUGGGGCACACCUCAUGGAAAACGAGCGGGAGUCACCAUGCUGCCAGAACGGACAACUCCUCAUCGGACGCCUUCCCCCGUACCCACCAGCUCUGGAGAAUGCCUUCCAGGCUCACCAGAGAAACCUGGGAAACCUGUCUCGCCGCCUCAACUACCUGUUUGCCUUUUCCGCCAUUGGUGUAGCAGAUGGAUCCUUCAAACGGUUCCACACAGGACCUAAAGCAUUGGCUCUCAACGGCCGCAUCUACCACCGGAUGCUUCCCGCCGACAUGCCAGGCCAUUCCAUCCAUUGGCUCCUCUAUGAUGAUGGCCUCCACCACCUCCCCCUGCCAUAUGGCCCAACGACGCCAGGAAGGUACAUGUACAGUGGAUUGUCCUCCUGA